AUGAAGGUCAUCGCCUCCACCCGUCUUACUCGCGCCCAGAAGGCCAUGGAGGACUCUCGCACCUACGGUCAGACCUCCAACACCGUUUUCGAGAACGCCGAGACCAAGCCUCUCGAGGACAAGAAGACUCUGCUCGUCGUCGCCAGCUCCGACAAGGGUCUUUGCGGUGGUAUCCACUCCGGUCUCAGCAAGGCUACUCGUCGCAUGCUCCAGCAGCACCCCGAUGCCGACAUCGUCGUCCUCGGUGAGAAGGCCAAGGCUCAGCUGUCUCGUACCAACCCCAACGCCAUUGUCCUGAGCUUCGCCAACGUCUGCAAGGACAUCCCCACCUUCAACGACGCUCAGUCCAUUGCCGACCAGAUCUCUCAGCUGCCCACCGACUACGCCAGCAUCAAGAUCAUCUACAACCAGUUCAUCAACGCCCAGUCCUACGAGGCCGGUACCGUUGAGGCUUACUCUGAGGAGGCUAUCACCCAGUCUCCCAACCUCUCUGCUUUCGAGACUGAUGACCAGACUCUGGCCCACCUCCGUGAAUACGCCCUUGCCAACAACCUCUUCUGGGCUAUGGCUGAGGGUCACGCUUGCGAAAUCUCCGCUCGUCGUAACGCCAUGGAGAACGCCUCCAAGAACGCUGGUGAGAUGAUCAACAAGUUCCAGAUCUUGUACAACCGUCAGCGUCAAGCCGCCAUUACCGGUGAACUGGUUGAAAUUAUCACUGGUGCCACCGCCAGUGCGGACAUGUAA